UGUUUUUCUCUUUGUGUGUGUUCCGCUCUUUUGGUUGAUCCACAGUUCCUUCUUUGAUCUUUCCUCCAUCUUCACUUCUAUACGAGCAGGGACUCGCUUCAGCAUCCAGAGUUAUCUACGAUAUACACAACAUCGAAACUUAAUCAGAUCGAGAAAAAGGGAAACAGAAAAGAAGACAAAAUGAAGUUCUCUACAACAGCGAUCUUGGGCAUGGCCCCCUUUGCCUUGGCGAAGUCGGUUCACAACGUUGCUCCCGCGAAGAGAGAUGGACAUUUGCAAAAGGGUCACGAGAGCGUCAAGAUUUCCGACGAGCAGCUCGCUGAGCUCACCCGCCUCAUCGGUGUCCACAAGCCCAGCCACGGCAACAUCAACUUCCUCUGGGUCAACAUUGGUGGUGGUGCCCCUACCACUGUUGUUGGACAGGCCUCGACCGUAACCGUCACCGAGACCGUCAAGCACGAGGCCACCCCUCCUCCCGCCGUCGUCACCGGCGAGCCCGGCACCCCCGUCGAGCAGCCCCCUCCCGAUGCCGUUGUUGGUGCCGGCGGUGCUACUCACAGCGUCACCGUCGGUGGCCCUCAAGGUCUUGCCUUCAGCCCCCAGGAGCUCAAGGCUUCCGUUGGCGAUACCGUCAUCUUCACCUUCCUCAGCCAAAACCACACUGCCACUCAGUCUGCCUUCGACACUCCUUGCGACCCUCUUGACGGUGGUAUGGACUCUGGUUUCCAGGCCAACGCCAACAACACCGUCAACCCCCCUCCCCAGGUCGCUAUGCAAGUGAUGGUUGACACUCCUCUUUGGUUCUACUGCCGCCAGGGCAACCACUGCGGAAAGGGAAUGGUUUUCUCCAUCAACCCCACCGCCGAGAAGACCCAUGCCAUGUUCCAGUCCCUCGCCAUCCAGCAGAAGGGUAACGGUGCCGGCGGUGCCAUCACCGGCAACGCUCCCGCUCCCGACCCGAACGCUCCUCCUGCUGCUCCCCCCGCCGGCACUGAGACUGCCCCCCCUGCUGCCAACACUGGCCUCGUCCCCGGCGUCGGCAAGAUCGGUGCCGACGGCUCUUGCUCUUGCGUCGUCCAGUGCAGCUUCGGUGGCUUCCCCAACGUUGCCGUCCAAGGGAGGGAUUCCUUCGGCGGCUACGGUGGUGCCGUCCCCAUGGCCAUGGUCGGCGCCGCUCCUGCCGCCCCUGCCAAGAAGUUCAGGGCUUAAAUCAACAAGACUCUUUGAUAUUUUCUUUGCUGCGUCAUGAAAAAUAAAAAAGGCAUUUGCUUUUUUUUAUUGGCCCCAGGAUGAGAUGAUACCCCAUUGUAUAUUUUCUGGGGGAGAAUCACAUGGAAAAGGGUGGCAAGGUGUUUUUGGCGAGUGCGUUUAUGACAAUGAAUAAGGCGAAGUUGAAGGAUAGGGGAGAUACCAACGCUUCUGAUGUAGACUUUUUUUUAUUUUCUUUUCAUGUUUCUUUUUAUCUUUAUUUUUACAACCCCCCCCCCCUUAGUACUUCUUUUUUCUGGUGGUUGUUGUUGUUGAUAUGACUGGCUCGUAUUUUUCUCUGGAUGCUUCACACCGUUUAUACCUUAAUGAGAGAGAAAUAAAAAAAACCAAAAAUAUAAAUACCUUGUGGUGGAACUUAU